AUGCCCUGGAGUUGUCCGUGGUCGCGCGACCGCCAGCAACCACUAGCGGUCAGUCCGCCACAGCAUCUGCUGUUGCAGGUUACCUUGGCAGGUAGUAAAGUUAACGGUAGAAUGCUAAUGUGUAGAGGCGAGUUCGUAGCAUUGUCGCAUGAACUCAUGUACGUAGGGCCUAGCUUCCCAAAGGUUGUGCAACUGUGGGACGCGGGUAUACACCGCCCACGGGCCGGCGCCGGCGACAGCGCCGUCACUGUACCCGGCCGCCUCUCUAAGCAAAUAUCUCCAGACAAGUUCAUUGUCGACCAAUUCGAAUAA